CGGUUGAGUCUCCACAGCGCCCGUACUUGUUGAACUUUGACCUUGUCUCAGAGGCCGCACGGGUGGGGGCUGUACGCAUGUGUCGUAGCUACGCAUGGUUAGCGUCCUUAUUCUAGCCGCGGCGGGAGCUGCGGUGGCCGUGCUUCUUCUGGCCCUGCGGCUGUGGGUAGUGCUCCAUUCUCGGGUCCUUGUGCCCCGUCAGUCUCUCAGUCUCUUGGUGGUGGCUGGGUCCGGUGGGCACACCACUGAGAUCCUGAGGCUGCUUGAGCACCUGUCCAAUGCUUACUCUCCCAGACAUUAUAUCAUUGCUGAUACUGAUGAAAUGAGUGCCCACAAAAUAAAUUCUUUUGAACGAAAUCGAGCUGAUAGAGACCCCAGUACCAUGUUUCCCGAAUACUUUAUUCACCGCAUUCCCAGAAGCCGUGAGGUUCAGCAGUCCUGGCUGUCCACAAUGCUCACCACUUUGUACUCUAUGUGGCUCUCGUUUCCCCUGACUCACCGAGUGAAGCCAGAUUUGGUGUUGUGUAAUGGACCAGGAACAUGUGUUCCUGUCUGCGUAUCUGCCCUUCUCCUUGGGAUACUAGGAAUAAAGAAAGUGAUCAUUGUCUAUGUUGAAAGCAUCUGCCGAGUAGAACAUUUAUCCCUGUCCGGAAAGAUUCUGUUUCACCUCUCCGAUUACUUCAUUGUUCAGUGGCCGGCUCUUAAGGAGAAGUAUCCCAAGUCUGUGUACCUCGGGCGAAUUGUCUGACAAAUGACAACUUUCUUCUCUAGAAUUUUGCAGUCAAACAUAUUUAUCAUAAUUGGGGGAGAGAAAAACUACAUGUUUAUUAUAAAGGUUUCUGAAGGUCCUGAGAAUUAUUGGUGGUGAGGAGUAAAAAAUGUGUA